UUUUUCUUCUUCCCCUCCCCCCUCCCUUUUUUCUCACGUUCCUACGAUCGUUCUCCAACUCGUUCUUCGAACUCCGUUCGAGUUCCUGCCAACGCUCGCAUACUCGAGGAGACUCGAAGGUGUAACGAGAAAGAGAGAGAGGGAGAGAGAGAGAGAGAGAGGUUGUUACACGAAGUUCCGUGAAAUUUUCGCUCGAGAGGAGAUAUCAUUAGCGUGCCGCUGUUGCUCGUCAUUACUGUGUCACGGAGAUAAUAAUCGAGGCACGGUCGCCUUUGACGCCAGCUGCAUCGAAAUGCAAAACUGGGAAGAGGAAUAAAAAGUUGGCCGCGUCGAUCGAGCCACCUGAUCGUGGGUCUAAUUUAAACCGCGCAACGCGGGAAAAAGUAGCGUCUUGGGUACCCGCCCAAGAAUAACGAGCGGCCACCAACUCGUCGUCGAAGAAAAAGAAGGUGGGGAAGAAACCGGCAAGCUGUUUUGCAGGCGAGAUCAAAGUUACGGAAGAAGCGAGUGGGAGAGAGAAAGAGAGAGAGAGAGAGAGGAGAUAAAACGCGAGAGGAAUAAAACGAUCGACAGCGAAAAAUUUUUUGGACAAAGCGAAAGGAAUUCGAAAGGAUGCGAGGGAGGGGCGUCUGAAAAGGGACAAAGGGGGAUAUACUGCGAAAAAAACGUCGGCUCGUUUUCUUAAUCAAAAGAUUUCGGUUCGCCACGACUACGCGUUUCGACUAAUAACGAGCACGUGUUGCCGUGGCGUCGAUCGCGUGAAAAAAAAAGGAAGAAGAAGAAGAAGGAGAAGAAACGGGAGGAGUCUGGGGACAAUUGGAAAGGAAGUCUGAGAAAGGAAGGAUCUUUUGGCCGUUCCAAGGGAGAAGAACAAGACUCGAGGAACGUUGGAAACAUUCCUCGUGUUGGAAAGUUGGGCAAUGAAGUUUACUCGCCUACACUAUAUACUUCCUGUAUAGUUUCAACAAGGGCGAUCCAUCGAUCGUGGAGAAUGUGUCCGGCCGUGGCGUCGAUUCGUUUCCGGCCGAUCGAGGGGACAGCUGAGAGGAGAGGCGGCAUAACAAGACAUCGGUCGUCGAGAAGAAAUUGAUCGAAUCGACGAGUCGAGUUGAAUCGAGAAAGACUCGAGGACUCGAGGAGGAUCGGUCGAAUGUCUGUGAGGGUGUCGAUCGAGCGUGGGUGGUGGUGGUGGGCCGCGCAUCAACUCGAACAACACCUGAUCCUCGGCUCCCGGUUCGAGAUGCGGCGCACGUCGGGACACGUGUUUCUGACAAGUUUGCUGAUACUGCUUCGAGCACGUCGAGCGGACGCAGCUACCGAGGAUUCCCCCGAAUUCUCGAACAAAGGGUCUACGACUUUCGCUCUUACAGCGCCGCUCAGAUUGGUGUGGGCCAGCAAGGGGGAGGACGUGGAAUUGCCCUGCGAUAUUACUCCGCCGACCCCCAACGACUCCGUCAACAUGGUGCUCUGGUUCAAAGACACCGCGGGGAUACCUCUUUACAGCUUGGACGCGAGAAGCAGGGAUCUCGCUUCCGCCAUUCACUGGGCGGUCAGCGACGAUCUUGGAAAGAGGACCUACUUUCAAAUCGGCAACGGGCAUCAGGCAAAGUUGAAGGUGACCAAGGUCACGUACAAGGACCAGGGGAUCUUCAGGUGCAGGGUGGAUUUUAUAAAUUCUCCGACGAGAAACUUUCGCGUGAAUCUGACUCUCGUCGAGGAACCAUCCAGGCCUGUGAUAUACGAUGCUCAGGGGCGAGAGGUGACAGGGGUGGGCGGACCCUUCUUGGAAGGUUACAACCUCGUCUUGAUCUGCCAGGUGUCCGGAGGAAGGCCGAAGCCUACGGUUACAUGGUGGAUGGACGGCGAAAUAUUGGACGGCGUGGACGACACGCCGCACAUCGGCUCCCCGAGCAAAUUCACGGAGAACCAACUUUUCAUCGCGAACGUGACGAGAUCGUUGUGGGGAAAGAAGCUGGAGUGCAGGGCACAAUCGCCACCGAUGUCCGCCCCGAUCGUUCGUGAAGUCCCUCUCGACAUUUAUCUGAAACCGGCCCUCGUAAAGAUCGUUCUGACGGAGGACCAGAUCUACGCGAAUCGGCCGAUCACGGCACGUUGCGAGACAUGGGGGAGCUCGCCCGCGGCGAGGGUGGUAUGGAGGCUGGGCAGACAGGUGAUAGGCGACUCGAACGUGUCCACCACCCAGAGAAGCAAUUCCACGGUCAGCAAACUGCCUCUGAUCCUUGGCAGGGACGACAAUGGGAGGAAAUUAACUUGCAGGGCCGAGAAUCCGAGAUUUCCCGGCGGGGUCCUCGAGCAGACCGAGAUCGUGGACGUUGCCUACGGCCCGGUCGUGUCCAUCGAUCUGGCAACCGGCUACGUUCUGGACACGCUUAGGGAAGGAGACGAUCUGAAGCUCGUGUGCGACGUGGACAGCAACCCACCUCCGACCAGAAUCGUUUGGUAUCGCAAGGAUAAUCGAUUGGAGCACGAUGUGGCCGACGGAACGUUGAUAGCCUCGAACACGUUGACGUUGAGGGUGCUCACUCUGGCUCAUGCAGGCGAGUACUCGUGCGAGGCGAUCAAUUCCGUGGGAGAGGGUCGCAGCCCACCGAUCUCGGUCCGCAUGAAAUAUGCUCCGAGAUGCAGGGCGGGCCACGAGAGGCGCGAGGUCACAGCCGGUCGUUACGAAACGGUGUCGCUUCGCUGCGAGGUCGACUCGGUUCCCAAAGACGGUGUGAGAUUCUCGUGGACGUACAACGGGACGCUUGGUGACGUGUUGCCAAUGCCAAACUCGAAGGCUCGGAAUAACGGGCUCGUUAGCGUUCUCGAGUAUACCCCCACCGUCGACACCGACUUUGGAACUCUCGCCUGCUGGGCGAGCAACAGCGUCGGAAGACAAAGGACGCCUUGUAUAUUCAACAUCGUGGCUGGAAAGCCACCGCAGCCGCCGUCCGACUGCUCGCUCCACAACGAGACCACCUCCCUCCAAGUGAAUUGCGUCCCAGGCGCGGACGGCGGUACGCCGCAGUACUUUUUGCUCGAAGUUCGGGGGACGCCGAGGGACCCGGUCCAAACUCACUCCCCUUACUCGCCUACCCUGCACGCGCCCCAAAGCGAUCAGGGCACGGUGGGCGAGGCGCCGCCCAUAUACCAAGAGAGAAACCCGAGGCCGAGUUUCCAGAUACGUGGCCUCGACCCGGCCUUCGAUUACACUUUGUACGUGUACGCGGUGAACGGGCAGGGCAGAAGCGAGCCGCUCCUCUUGGAGAACGUGAGGGUCGGCGAGGUGAUGGUGGGCGAGAAGAUCGAGAGGAACGGCCUGUUCCUCGAGGAUCUGAAGAAAGCGCUACCCAAGAGCAGCCCUGAAAACAUGAUCAUCGUGGUCGCGUUGACAGGUACAGGUGCGGUUGCUUUGAUCUUGAUCGGGAUCGGCGUGAUCAUCGGGCUGGCCAUCUGCAGGAGAAGGAGCGCAUUGCCGGUAAAAGAUGGGCCGGACGAUUUCACCAUCCCGACCUACGUUUCCGCUCAAAGGAUCGAGCCAAGGAUCAGAUACUCGGGCGACAGCAGGCGAUCCCAAAGAGCGAGCUUGUACAUCGAGGAAAAUCGAAAUGAGCCUGACCUCCUGCAGAGGGUCGAGAUCGACGUACACGAUUAACGUUCGUUCUUCUUGUACAGAUAGAAGUAAAAAAAGGAAAAGGAAAAGGAAAUAUAUAUCAUACGUGUAUUAUGAUACGUAUUAUACGCUUUUCGCGAAUCGUGAUGUGUAUAUAUCAGGUGUCUAUUCCCUUAAAUAAGUUAAUUUAAGUUUAAGAUUAUAAGAGAUAGAUAAUGGCGACAAUUCAUCGUGAUCCGAUGAUUUUACACUGUUUCCACAAUUCCUGUACCUGUUGUUGCUUUUAUCGUUUAAAACGAUGACGAUGAGCUCUGGACCGUUGUUACAUUUUUUUUUCCUUUUGUGUAAUUUACGUGCCUUUUUUUCUUUUUUAUUUUUUGGACAAAGAAAGUAUUAUCACAAUUUAAGCUUAAGCUUGCCGCUUAGCGUUAAGUGUACAAACGCUUCCUUUUGGACGAAUGAUCUCGCGGACCAACAAUGGUACUUCUUCUAUAUAUGAAUCGUCCUUUAUAGGAAUCGAAACGCUUAUUGUAAUUGUGUAAAUAGCGUAUAAAAAAAAGAAAGGGAGAAAGAAAAAUGAAAAAAAGAGAUACCGACGUUGUAUUAUUAGCGAUAAAACUA